UUAACCUUUACCAGGACUAGCGCACAUCCACUAAAGUCAACUUCCAACAAGGAUUAUGGAUUCAGAAAUGCAAAAUCAGAGCCCUAGCAUGGCUUCAAAUACAAAAAAUACUUCUUCUUCAAAUAUGUCUACAGACGGACAUAGCGUUACAAAAAGGCUACGAAGUGAAUUAAUGAGUCUAAUGAUGUCGAAUACCCCGGGGAUUAGUGCUUUUCCCGACUCUGAUUCAAAUCUUCUACAUUGGGCAGGCACUAUUACAGGUCCGGUUGAUACUUACUACGAAGAAUUAAAAUUCAAGAUAUCUAUGACCUUUCCCCCCAACUAUCCUUACUCAGCCCCAACGAUCGUUUUUACUUCUCCUAUGUGGCAUCCUAAUGUUGACAUGAGUGGAAACAUUUGUUUAGAUAUUUUGAAGGACAAGUGGUCUGCUGUCUACAACGUACAAACUAUCUUACUAUCCCUUCAAAGCCUUCUAGGUGAACCUAACAAUGCUUCACCUUUAAAUGCUCAAGCCGCUGAACUAUGGAGUAAGGAUCCUGUUGAGUAUAAACGCCUUUUAAUGCAACGCUACAAGGAAAUUGACGAGAUAUAACUUCUAUAAAUGAGGAUUAAAUGAGUUUUAUCCACUGCUUCAAGUUUUACAUACGGUAUACUUUUGGUGAAAUCCCCUGUUCAUUAUACUAAACUUGGAUCCUCUUUCAAAACAUUUCGGAUUCUUUUGAGGGUAAAACUGAGCUUUUCGUUAAUCUACGUUGCUUUAUAAUGAUUUUAAAUCUUAAAAAGCCUUUAGCAAUAUUUAUAGCUCAUACUUAUUGUCCUCCGAACCUUCUGAUUCCUCGUAUUUUCGUUGGCUGUUUGUUAAAAUACGAGAUAUCUUGAUCUAUUUGUUAUCAAACAGAAUACUUAUACUCAAUAGUGCUAUUAGAUGGUGAGAAUUUCAUAGUAUGCCUUGCUAUAUUAUUACUAAAAAGAAAUUUGUAAGUCUAA